AUGGUGCCCUUCUCAGAAGACCCCCACCUCUGCUGCGCCGCCUGGCUCCUGGAACUCACCAGCCUCCUCCUCAGCAUCUGCAGCACAGUGAUCCAGAGUUCUGAAAAAUAUGAUUCUGAAGUUCAGAAUUCUGGAUUUGUUCCCAUGCAGGGGAUUCAAGGAGGUUCUGUGUUGUUUCAUAUAGUCAAGAAGCAAGAAGCUGACCCAGAGGAGGUCUCAUGGGGCUUUGGCCCUGAGUCAAACUACAGAGUCAUGCUGCGAGUCCGCCGUGGGGCAGAUACCCCAACCUGGGUCAGCCUUCAGGACAAGUACCAGCACAGGGUCCAUGUGCCCAAUGUGACGUCCCUGAGGAUUGAGAACCUGACCCCAGAGGACAGUGGGGAGUACCGGGCUCGAGCCAGCUUCACUGAAGGAAGAGAACUUACUCAGGUUUUCCACCUCAGUGUCUAUGAGCCCAUGCUUCUUCCUGAGAUCCUGGUCAAGUCAUCCAUCACACCAGACUGGUGCAAUGUCACUCUGGAGUGCAGGGACCCAGGGAACAGAGAGGAUCUGGAGGUGAUCUGGGAGAGCAAGGGUCUUCCCAGGGAGCUGGAGUGGAGUGGGGCACCAGGACCAGCCCCCAGUUCCUGGAGCCUGCAUGUGAACUUGUCCCUGAGCCAGCCCAGUGCCAUCCUCACCUGUGUGGUCAACAACCAUGUGGACCAGAAAACUGCCACUGUAGACCUUGGGAAAGUCUGUUUCCCUGGUUCAAAAGAACAGACCAUUGCUGGUCUCCUGGAAGGCAUCCUAUGGGCCAUCGUGGUUGUGCUAUUCUUCCUGGGAACUGGACUGUACUUUUGGAAGACAUAUAAGAAGGAAAGGAACACAGAGACUGGAAGAGGAGCAACAUUGCAGGAGGACCACAGGAACCAAGGUGAUGGCGACUGGGCAGAGCAGAGCCAGGAAGAGUUUCAAGAAGGCAUGUACCAGAGUAUCAGUGCACAACGUCUGGAACAAGAGUUGCCUCUCCACACUGUCUGCUCUGCGAUCCAGAACACAGGCGAGGGUAUGAAGAUAAUAUAA